CGCUUAUCCAAUGUUCUCCCGGCCCGUUUAUUUUGGAUAAGUGAGACUCUACUGUACCAUUAUUUCCAUGUACAACGAUCUAUGGUACAUACAUUGACUGAUCUUGCAUGCUCUGGUAUUCUGUUCUGUGGGCAUGCUUCCAAACACAAACUUUGCUAGGUCUUACUUUCAGGGGAGGCCUUAUAUUUAGCAAUUUAGCAAAACCUCUACUAGGUCUUAUUUUCAGGGGAUGUCUUAUUUUUGGGGAAGCAGGAUCUGAGUAGUAGUUCAUGGCUUGAAGGUAUCCAAGAAUGGAAACAGGAGAGGGAAUGGAGUUAUAGAGAUGAGAGGAGGGGCUCCUGGAUGGAGGGUCCUGUGUCUUUAAGGCCCCCUCCCCUCCAGCCCCUCCCCCGAUUUGGGCUUUGCAUGCAUUGCAUCCCAUUGUGUGAGAGGGACUGAGCCGCCAGAGCUGCGAUUGUGGCUUGAAGAGGGAGAUCGAAGGGUCUGGGGUCCAGAUUCUGGACUCAAGGGGUCAGUGGACAUCGGCGUGGGAGUGGGCAGAAGCCCCCAACUUGCAAGCCCAGAGCCAAGCAACCAGCGUCCGUCCCUUGUUGGCGGAGGCGUGUCGGAAAUGACCCCGUGGGACGCUCCCAGUGCCACACUGGGGUCCUGGGGGCUCCUGUUCCUGCUCCUGGCCCCGCUCUCCUGCCAUUUGUGCCCCGCCCCCUGCGAGUGCUCCGAACCGGCCCGGACGGUCAAGUGCGUCCAGAAGGAGCUGACCUCCGUCCCCGCCGGACUGCCCAGGUACACCCGCAACCUCUUCAUCACCGGCAACCAGAUCGGCCACAUCGGCAGCCAGGACCUCCGUGGGCUGCCCAACCUGGUGACCCUCUCGCUGGCCAACAACAGGAUCAGCCUUGUGGAGUCCCAGGCCUUCUCCGCUCUCCACCACCUGAGAUACCUGGACCUGAGCCACAACGACUUAACCUCCAUCCACCCGGACGCCUUCAGUGCCAGAAACAACUCCAUCCAGGAGCUGAACCUGAGCUCUUCCUUGUCCAACUCCUCGGCCAUCCGCCCCGUGGCCACUGCCCUUGCCCAAGGCGGCUUCCAGAACCUCACCAGGCUGGAGCUCACCAGCAAUGAGAUUGUCUAUCUGCCCUUCCGCCUGUUGUCCGGCCUCUCCAGGUUGGAACAUUUGGACUUGAGGAACAACUCCUUGGUGGACCUCAGGAACUCCACCUUUUCCGCCCUGGACCUGAAGUAUCUCGACUUGACCAUGAACGCCUUCAAGACCUUGAGGAGUGAAGCCUUGUCCGCCCUCGGCCGGCAACGCCACCUCCGCCUUUUCCUGAAGGACAACCCUUUCGUCUGCGAUUGUAACAUCGAGGACCUGGUGAGCUGGCUGAACCGAAGCCAGCAGGUGGUCGAUGUGGACAAGCUCACCUGUGCCUUCCCUGAGUCUCUGAAGAACACAACCUUGGUGGACCUGGUUGGGCUGAGUCUGGACUGUCACUUCGGACAGCAUGGGGAGCAUGCCCUCCACACCUCCUACGCCGCUCUGGGGAUCGUCCUGGGCGUCAUCGGAGUCAUCUUCCUCUUCGUGCUCUACCUGAACCGGAAGGGCAUCAAGACCUGGAUGAACACCGUCAGGGACACCUGCCAGAACUUGAUGGACGAGUACCGCUAUCAUUACGAAAUUGACUCCAAUCACCGCAUCUCUCAAGUCUCUGCACUGGACAUAUGAUGGGGUUUGGGUUUUGUUUGUUUUUUUGGAGUCCCAUCAAGAUUUGUACUGUUGUGGCUUCUGUUGAUGAUUCAGGAGCAUCAGUUUUGGUUUGGGACAGUCUGCCGCUGAGAUGUUCUGCAAAACCCAGAACUUGAAAGAAAAGCAGACAAACUCUGGAUGAGACUCUAUGUGAGAGCUCAAGGGCAGGUCUUCCCUUGUAAACAUUCUGCAGAACUUGACUAAUUCAAAUGUAAACUUGCAGGGAAAUCGUUCCAUUCCGGAUAUAAGUUCUGCAAAAGUUUUUUUUGGAGCGGGAAAGUCAAAUUUCUGAAGUGGCAUCACCAGAUAUUUAGAUUUCUGAAACCCUGUCUGGGAGUUUUUCCCCACAGUUUAGGCAUUAAUUGUGUUUUAUUUCAACAGAAUUGUCUAUUUGAUUUUUCAUUAAGGAACCAGUCCCCUGAAUGCCGUGUCAUGUGUGGCUGGAUGGCCAAAUUUGAUAGCCAGCAAUUCUCAACCUAGGGGUCAGGACCUCUGGGGGGGGGGGGUCACUGGGGGGGGCGUCAGAGGGGUUGCCAAAAACCAGUAUGUUGUGUUGUUCAUGGGGGUUCUGUGUGGGAAGUUUGGUCCAAUUCUAUCACUGGGGUUCAAGGGGCUCUUUGAGUGCAGGUGAACUAUAAAUCCCAGCAACUACAACUCGCGAAUGCCAAGGUCCAAAUUCCAAAACUCAAGGUCAACGCCCACCAAACCCUCCCAGUUUUUCCUGUUGGUCACGGGAGUUCUGUGUGGGAAGUUUGGUCCAAUUCCAUCAUUGGUGGAGUUCAGAAUAUAUAAGGAGGACGAAAGAAUCCA